AUGACCGAAUCCAAGAUCCAUUUCUUCGAUCUCCUAUCAGACCUACCCGGACCUUCCAAGUCAUGGUCUCCCUACACUCUCCGGACCAGAAUGGUCCUUAACUUCAAGGGCAUCCCCUACACACAAAGCUGGGUAUCAUACCCCGACAUUGAGCCUUUCCUCAAAGCUCAUGGUGUCACACCUGGCAAGGGAACACCUUAUACAAUGCCGGCAAUUAGCCACAAGGGGUCAAUAACGAGUAACCCGGACGGGGUGCUCAUGGAUUCUCAGCCGAUCGCCGAGUACAUCGAUAAGCUGUACCCGUCGCCCCCGCUCUUCCCCUCCGGUGACGCAAGCUACUCGCUGUUCAUCGCUGUGGAGAAGUUCAAAGACCUGAUUUCACCGAGCUUCAGGUCGCUGAUUGUUCCCAACGUUCCACCUAAACUGGAUGAGCGUGGACGUGAGUACUUUAUCCGGACGCGCUCUGCGGCUUUCGGAAAGCCACUUUCGGAGGUCAGGCCGACGGAUGAGACAGAGUUGCUUGCUCUUUGGCAGCGUAUCGAGAAGGAGGCGGAGAUGCUGAUUGAGAUGCUGAAGGGCAAGGAUGGAAAGAAGGGGCCAUUUUUGGAGGGUGAGAGGGCUGGCUAUGCGGAUAUUGUUCUCGCUUCGCUUUUGGCUUGGUUCCAGCGCUUUGACCAGGGUACCUUUGAGAAGAUACUUGAUCUUGGGGAUGGGGAGUUCAAGGCGUUUUAUGAAGCUUGUUUGCCCUGGCUUGAAGGGCAGGGGGAGGAGAAGGAGUGGCCGGUUUCCCAGUAA